GCCUUGUCAAAAAGUUAGUCGAUACAGUUUUCCAAAUUAUGAGUAAUCCCAUGGACUGGCGUGGGCCCCGCCAAUCGUCCUUUUAUGUGCACUUCGCGGAUCCUGUAAGGACUGAUCCGCCCAGUGAUCUGCAUCGCAAAUACCGCCCCCCUCCUCCCCCGCCACGCCCCCAGGAGCAGCGCUUGGAGGCGGCGGAUGAGCGUCGCAAUUGGCUGGGCGAGCAAAAGGUGGAGCAGCUGUCCGUUCGCCUGGCGCGAGUGGCGCUGAUCACGGAUCGCCACCAUAGGCAAACCACCCAAAGUUGGCUGGAUGCCCGGGAUCGCAUCACUCGCGACAUGGACGAGCAUGUGCGAAAGCGGACGGCCCAGAUAUCGAAGCGUCUGAGGAACCUCAACGUUCACAAUCAGAAGGUUCAGGAGCGCAAGGACGAGGUCAAGAAGGAGAAGCUCCUCAGGAAGCUGAACCAUCUCUAUGAGGCCAGGAACGCCAGCACUAUUUCACAGUUUUGGGGAAAAGUUCACAAAUAACAUAUCAGAUUAUAA